AUGAUCAGCGAGGGGAGUUUUAACAUAAAAAUCUUGUCCAGCACCAAAGAUAAACUGCCAGAAACAACAAACAAAUUCAAAUGGAUUUAUAAAAUCAAGGAUUUUGCUAAUGAAGACGCAAACAGCAUCACAUUCUCUCUAAAAGUUGGUCUUGCUGUUCUCCUCGUGUCUUUACUCAUUCUAUUCCAAGCACCUUAUCAAGUGUUUGGCACCAACAUUAUCUGGUCAAUCCUUACCGUUGCCGUCAUGUUCGAAUAUACUGUUGGUGCAACAUUUCAAAAAGGGUUCAACCGUGCUCUUGGAAGCCUGUUUGCCGGAGUGUUAGCCAUUGCUGUUGCUGAAUUAGCUUUGAAGAGUGGCCGGGUUGCUGAACCCAUUAUAAUAGGGACCAGUAUCUUCCUGAUAGGUAGUAUAACCUCAUUCAUGAAGUUAUGGCCAACCCUUGUGCCAUAUGAAUAUGGUUUUCGGGUCAUAUUAUUUACAUAUUGUUUGAUCAUAGUUUCGGGGUACCGGAAAGGGAAUCCAAUUAAAACAUCUAUAGAUCGGCUUUACUCAAUUGUUAUUGGAGCAAUUGUAACUUUAGCAGUAAACACUCUGAUUUUUCCAAUAUGGGCUGGUGAACAGUUGCAUAAAGAAUUGGUCAAAAAUUUUAUUUCUGUGGCAGAUUCACUUGAAGAAUGUGUCAAAAAGUACUUGGCUGAAGAUAGAUCAAAUCAUCCAGAGUUCACCAAGAAUCUCAUGGACGAAUUCCAAGAUGAGCCUGCUUACGGAAAAUGCAGAUCUACAUUGAACUCUUCAGUUCUACUUGAGUCAAUGGCUUUGUCAGCCAAAUGGGAACCGCCACAUGGCAGGUUCCGACACUUCUUCUAUCCUUGGAAUGAAUAUGUUAAAGUAGGUGCAGUCUUACGAUAUUGUGCAUACGAGGUCAUGGCACUUCAUGGUGUUCUUCACUCACAAAUUCAGACACCACACAGUAUCAGAUUAUUAUUCCAAACAGAAAUACUCGAAGCAACAAGCAAGGCUGCAGAAUUAAUCAGAAGCUUAAGCGAAGAUAUAUGUGACAUGAAGCAAACCCUAAAAUGUUCUUUGCUGAAAAACGUCCUAUUCUCAAAAGUAAAACUUCAAAGAGCGAUAGACGUGCAUUUGUUUAACAAAGAUAUCGCAGGAGAUGAGAUAAACUACCAAGGUCAAAGGCAGACAGAAUCUUACCAUGAAAUAGUAAGGCCAGUUGUUAUUUGGGAAAGCACUGCUACAUUAUCACUUAUUACUUUCACAUCAUUGCUCAUUGAGCUUGUCGCUCGGCUGGAUCAAUUAGUUGAAGCCGUGAACGAGCUUUCCAGAAUGGCCAAAUUCAAACAUGAGGGGCUAUGAAUAACCUGUGGUUAUGCUAUUAAUGAUAGAAUAAAAUACCAUGAAAUUUAAGAAAAGAAACACCAUCAGAAGAUCAAACAAAAUAGAAUAUGUAGCAUGUCACCACAAACUUUUGGUUUAUUUCCAAGUUAAAGACAGAGAAA